CUGGGGCCGGGGCUGGGGCGGGCGGCGGGGUCGGCUGGCCGGGGCGCUCAGGGAUGGAGACCGCACCCGGGAGGGCCCCGCCGUCCUCCGCCGCGGCGUUGCGGCUGGCGCUGGCUGCUCCGGGACUGCCCGACGGCCCCUUCGGCUGCCCCAUCUGCCUCGACCUCCUGAAGGACCCGGUGACGGUGCCGUGCGGGCAUAACUUCUGCCAGGGCUGCUUGGGGGCGCUCCGCCAGCGGCAGGCCACCCCCGACGGCAGCGGCGGGGCGGGCGGGGCUGUCCGCUGCCCGCUCUGCCAGGAGCCCGUCCCCGCAGCCUUGCGGCUCCGCAAGAACCGCGCCCUCUGCGAGGUGCUGCCGCUACUGGCGGCCGCCGCCGCCGCUGCUGCCGCCGGUUCGUCUCCUCCGUCCCCAGCCGCCGUGUCCCCGAUGGCACCGGGAGCCGAAGAGGAGGAUGCGGCGGGGGAGGAAGGAGCGGCGGUGCUGUGCGACGUCUGCCCGGCGGGGUCGCGGGUGGCGGCGGCGCGAUCGUGCCUGGUCUGCCUGGCCUCCUUCUGCGGAGCCCACCUGGAGCCCCACCGCCGCGCCCCCGCCUUCCGCGCCCACCGCCUGGUAGCCCCGCUGCGGCGGCUGGAAGAGGGUCUCUGCCCCCGCCACCUCCAGCCCCUCGACGGCUUCUGCCGCGCCGAGCAAACCUGCGUCUGCGCCCGCUGCCGCGCCCACGAGCAUCGCGCCCACGACGUGGUGCCCCUCGAGCGGGAGCGGGAGCACAAGGAGGCCCAACAAGCCAAAUUCCUCAGCGAUGCGGAGAAUGAGCUGGAAGAGCUGGCGGUCACCAUCGCGCAGGCCAAGAAGAUGGUGGAGCUCAUUAAGGGUGCUGCCACAAAGGAGAGGGAAAGAGUCGAGAAGCUCUUUGCAGAAGCCUCUGAGGUCCUGGCGACCUUCCAGAAGGAGGUGGCUGCUUUCAUCGAGGACGGGGAGCGCUCCAUGCUGGGGGAGGCCGAGGCCGAUCUCCGCUGGAAGGAGGAGAGGCGAGCCAAGCUGGCCCAGUGCAAGCAAAACCUGGAGAACGUCCCCAGCACCGACACCAUCUACUUCCUCCAGGAGUUUCAGGCCUUAAAAGUAGCCAUGGAAGAAAAUCUCUCCCCUGCUCCGAGUUUCCAGAAUGAGCUGAACUUCACCAAAUGCACCCAAGCCGUGGGCGCCGUGAAGGAUGUGCUGUCUGCUGCCUGCAAAAACCAGCGGGACCACUUGCAGGGAAAAGGAAUUGAUGGGCUGAGUUACCAGGAGAUGGAGGAAGCGUUGGCUGAGUCCCGAUUUCCAGACAAGUCAAACAAUCCCGCCUGCCUGGAAAGCCGUGAUUACUUCCUGAAAUUUGCCUUCAUCAUUGACCUGGACAGUGACACGGCUGACAAGUUCAUCCAGCUGUUUGGCACCAAAGGGGCCAAGCGGGUGCUGUGCCCCAUCUCCUACCCGGAGAGCCCGACCCGGUUCAUCAACUGCGAGCAGGUGCUGGGUGUGAACCUCAUGAACCGGGGCAACUACUACUGGGAAGUGGAGCUCAUCGACGGCUGGGUCAGCAUCGGCGUCAUCGCUGAGGACUUCGACCCCCGGGAGUCCUACAACCGUGGGCGCCUGGGUCGGAAUGAGAAGUCCUGCUGCCUGCAGUGGAACGGACAGAAUUACGUGGCCUGGUUUGGUGGCUUUGAGUCUGUCAUCCAGCAGCCGUUUUUCCAAACAAUUGGGGUCUUCCUGGAGUAUUCAGAGAAGGCCCUGACCUUCUACGGAGUCAAGGACUCCAAGAUGACCUGCCUGCAGCAGCUCAAGGUCUCCCAUUUUGCCAAGGGUCAGUUUGACCCGUUCCAGAACAAGAUCAACCACCAAUUUGCCUCUCUUUUCUUGUGCAAGCUGAAACCAGCCUUCUUCUUGGAGAGCGUCGAUGCCCACCUGCAGAUCGGGCCACUGAAGAAAGACUGUGUUUCGGUGCUAAAGCGUAGGUAACUGCCCGGAGAGUGGGAGCCCGGGAGGACGCAGAAGAGUCUCUCCUGCAGCGUAUUGCCGGCAUCACGGCCUCUCUUUGGUAGCGUUGUAUUUCUCUGUGGCAGUGCUCCCUCCUCGCUCUGUGCUGUUGGUGACCCAGGGGUGGAUGAAAUCGUCUGGCAGGCAGAGCCGUGGUGGGAGCCAGGAGGGAGCUGGAUCCGAGUGCCGGCUCUGCCGCUCGGCUGCUGAACGAACUUGGGCGAGUCUCUGUGCUGCUCCCUGCCCCUCAGUUUCCCUUUCUGGACAUCAGGGACCAUGGUACAGCCUUUCUUGGUAAAGUGCAUUGCUCAGGAGAAGUGUCAUGUAGAUCUUGGCCAGCUGCCGGGCUGCCCGGUCCCUCUCCUUAAUAUCUAUUCGCACUGCCCUGGCAACUUGCACCGAUGCUCUGCUUUGUGCCUUAUCUCGAUCUCUGUGUCGCUGCUGCUUUUUUGAGCCUUGGCUCAUCGACACCUUCCGCACGCUCCUUACGAAGUGCCUUUGAAGUAACAAGCCCAGCAUGGACCGGGCAAACCCCCAAAGCAGAUGCAGUCGCUUCCCUGGUGCCCGUAUCGCUGUCGUGCCUUGGCGUGGGUGAGCAGGGUGCUCCGGGGUGGGUGGGAUGCAGAGGAGCCCGGCUGGGUGCAGGGGCGAUGCUGGGUGACACAGUACCUGUCCCUGCGGGACUGAUCACCCAUCAGCGCUGCAAACAUAAAACGAGGAACUUCGCCCUCCCUCGCACUGCGGCCAGUCGGUAUUUUGAACGCUGGUCCGUGGCCAGGCUCGUUUGGGAAAAGCCAUGGUCCUCUGUGUGUUGGAGGCCCAUGCCCCACCGCAGCCAAAAAUCCCAGCGGGGAAAGGAGAGAAACCUUCUGCCAAGCAACAGCAGCACCGUUCCUGCCUUGAGAUGGCAAAGCGAGCAGCACAAAACAGUUUCGAGGAUGUGCUUUUAGUAAACACGUUCCUCAGGAACUGCUUACCAAAACUUUGCAGCCAAUGUUUUUAAUGACCCUGCUAUUUUAGGGAUUUUAACACUCCCAACUCCUAAAGUUCCCUGGGCACACUCCAGCUCUAAAUGAGCUUAAAGAGUUUUUAAGUGACAAAGAGGUGCUGUGCAUAUGUCCCAGGGGCAAAUGGUGUGUUUUAGGGACAGCUGUGAGUGCAUGAUAAAAGGUGCAGCAUCAGUCAGUUACUAAAUGACCUUUUAGACUAUGGCAUUAAGUAACAAUUAACAAAAAAUACUCUCAAGCAAGUGUCCCCGCUGGGAAAGGUGGAAACUUGAGGCUGAGAGCCAAAAAUGCCAGUUCACGUGUCCUAAGGGAGCUUUUCCAGAAGAAAAAUGCAGAAAUACUGCCUGUAAGGGCGGCACAGUGCAGCCCUUGUCUCCGCGCAGCGUGCCUUUCCACAAGUUUAUUUUUUCUGGGAUUAGUUUGCUACCUACCUCCCGAAGCUUGCUUUAUAUAUACCUAGAGAUAUGUAAUAUAUACCUAGAGAGAAAAUAUAUUCAGUCAGGUUCUUUGCUGGCGUCAAUGAGUCAGUGAUGACGCAUCAACGGUCAACAGGGAUGGAAAAUGGCCCAUUUAGCUAAAUAUAUGAAAAAUAUAUAUAUAUUCCCCAAAGGAUAAGCUGGAAAUCAUAGUGGUAUAUUCAAAGGGAGCCAAGGGAAAAAAGUGAACGUGAAUAAAAAGGCAGCCACAAAGCCGAGAGGUUUAAAGUUAAAGCCACGUUUACAUAAACACCGAGGUUUAAAGAGCUUUUUUACUGGAACUCGUUUGCCAGUGCUGCCAAUUCCUGCUGGCGCGGGAAGCGGUGCCGAUCCCCAGCAAGCGACGGCCACUGUGGGCUCUCCUUGGAGGGGCUGAAGGGUCCGAAUGCAGCCACCCCCUCCGCAGAGCAGGGCUGGUGAGUCGGUCCGGGAGGGGGACCGCUGGGAUGUGCCUGCAAAUCCCUCUUCUUCCUCGUCCUCCGCAUGCGGCGACUCCUAAAAUACUGCAGGCGGUGGGAAAAGGGGAGGUAGGGCUUCCAGCGUGAGAUCUUCGGGUAAAAGCUUGACCUCUCCUGGCCAGCGGGAAUGCUGCCCGGACUUCUGUCUGGAGGGAAGUCACUCCCCUUGUCCUGAGUUCCUACCUCAAAGGCGCUUUGUUUCACUCACGCCAGUCGCUCUCCUGCAAAACUCAGCCUUUGCACGCGAUGUCAGCGGUGACAUAGCGCAGGCGUCGCUGCUGUUUUGCUAACACCAGCAAGGACUUGGUAUCAGGAAUGCCUUACCAGAUAAGAAAGGUAGAGACAUGCAACAGCUCGUGCACGGUCAUGUCCCGAGAGGAAGAGGAAGGUAACCUUGAUCUCUGCAGCAUGCCUGCAGGAUGAGAUCUCGCAUGCGGGCUCCUGUCUCGGCUCUGUCAGGGCCCUAAAUCUCAUUUAUUCAGGCAAAACUCCCACAGUUUGCAGUGAGGAGUUUUGCCAGAGUAAAUACAGCAGAUCUGGGCCUUUGCCCCAUUUCGUUUAGCCGUAGGCGGAUUGAUUGCUCCGUGGGGAAACCCGUGCUCGAGCCACGCGUCCCUCCCUUCUCCGUGUUGCCUGAUGCACGGAUUCAAGUCCCUGAACUCCUUCAGGGUUUGGGGUGGUUCGGAAGGAUCCGUACGCCUCUCCCUUUCCAUCCUGUAACCACACGGGAGCAGCUCAGGAGGACGCGUCUGGUGUUCGGGAUUUGCUUCUGCUUGUGCCGCUGUUUUUGUUUAAUUCUCCUCUGCCCCGAGAGCUGGGGUGCUGAUACGCAGCUUUACGCAGGGUUUAAGGGCUCCUGUAAAUGCGAUGCGGUUGGGAAGUGCUACCCAACCCUCUCCUUCCUCCUGCUUGCUUUACUCCUGGUUGGAAGCUCUAUAAAUCCUCACGGUUUAGGGCGUAAAGCAAAUUCUGACCCAUUUAAGAUGGGAGCAAUCCCCCUUGCCGGGGUGUUGGACCAGAGUUUGCUCUGUGUUGCCAAUAAUUUGGGGUGUAAACUGGAAUGAUUAGGAAACAUGCACUAUGCCAGCUCUGAAUUCACUGAUUUUGCUGCGAACGAAGGGCUAAAUGCGGCAUGUGGCGAGUUUAGAUGGGUAGAUAGCGCUUGGCAAUUUAAACAGCCUUUCCCUGCUCCCUUGAGUUAUUUCUGCUGUCACAGAGUGUUCCUCCUUUUAAUUAGGAUUUUUUAAAUAUAGUUACUGUAGAGUAUUUUACAAUGUGUGAAAAAACUGUAACAGAAUAAUAUAAUUAUGUUAGAGGCUAUGAUUUGCCAUUAAAUAUUACACAGACGUCG